GCACAGAGUGUAACGGUGUUUGCGGAGUGGACUCAAUGUUAACUUAAAUGUCAAAAGUCAUGCAAACAUUGAUCUGUUUGUGGCAUUGAAUGCAACGAUAUUAUGGACGCAAUUGAAUGCGUGUCUCAUCUGAGGCCACAAGAGGUUAGCCAUUGAUUGCAUUGCAAUCGCAUUCAACGCGUCAGACAUCACCACAAGCGACACGAUAUGCAUGUUUGCAUCGAUUGACCCGAAGAUUGCCAUUGGAAGCGAUUCGAGUGAUUGGUUCGGCCAUUGAGUGGUGUGUCUGAAGGUCUGCAACGAUGGGCUCAUUCUUGUCGCACAUCUUCGCCAGCAAUUCAAACAUGAAAACCAUUAGCCAUUUGUUUAACUCGUAUCCCACGGGCUAUAUCUGCGACACAACCAAACAGAUAGUGUCGGCACUUCUUGUGGAGCUCAACAACAACUACUCGAAUGACGCCAAUCAUAUCAACUGGAAUUACAUCCACGAGACGUAUCUCGAGUUGAUCCCAAAGGGCGAGAACCUGUUGCUAGUGAUCGACUGCAACGGCUAUAACAUUCUGCAGCGGGCGGUGAGUCUCAAGAGCGUGGAACUGACCAAAUGGCUGCUCGGCUACGGCUGUGACUGCAAUCGGGGCACAUGUAGUCUUCCGCUGCACAUCGCGACUCUCAACGGCCCCAUAGAGAUCGUCGAGCUUCUCGUCAAAUAUGGCGCUCGUGUCGACUGCGAGGCCCGGAUGUGCUAUCCCGGCCCCCACUCACCCAACUGCGAGUUGGGCCGACGCUCCGGCAUCCUAUACAACAGCGGUUCCCAACACAACUCCGCCAAUGAUAGGCUCCAGUCGGCCGACUAUUACGCCAUCGACGGAGACCAGGCGUCCAUUUUGGAGUACGUGAUGGUUAGGUGUGAGGAUAAUUGGCUUCCGUGGCAGUGCCAGAAGAAGCCUCUGUUGCACUCGGCCUUCGAGAGGGGCGCCUGGAAUUGCGUCAACUAUCUCAUCAGCGAGAGACCCGAUGAGAUCAACCAACUGUACGACGAGUACUUCCCGAUACAUCAGGCGGUCCUCCAAGACAUCAAGUUCUUGGAGCUCUUAAUACAGUGUAACGCAGACCUCACUCAACGCACGUCAACACAACAGCUGACAGUUCUUCACGUGUUGUUACUGUUGGGGAAGAAGUCGUCGAACGAGACAUUGGCGACACUGAAGCUGUUGUUCGAAAUGGGAUGCAAACAACUGGUCAAUGAACCGGACAGUCUCGGCAAUACUCCCCUCCACGCACUCAUUGUCAGGUACUCUCUCGAGGAGUCCCAAUACAACAGCCCAUCGCAUAAUGGCUCCGAACAGACACUCCGGUGGACCACUUGGGAUAUGUUGCACAUCUUUAGGUUUAUUCUACAGCAGGGGGUCAUCCAAAGCAUCAACCGAAAGGGCAAUAGCGCCCUGUGCUGUGUGCUGAGGCACGUGAAGGACUGGGAGUUUCGGUUCGAGUUGCUGUAUAUGUUACUGCAAUACGGCGCGGACCCCAACUGCGUGGGAAGGGAUGGCUCGGUGCCACUGAUCCUAUGCUUCACUCCACUGCUAAACAAGGGUUUACUGCAUCUGUUGAGUCACUCAAAGAAGGUCUCGUAUUUGAAUUGUGUCCGCAUUUUGUGCAAAUACGGCGCAAACCCCAACUGCUCCUACUAUCGCAACACUUUGACUCCACUCCACGUUCUAGUCUUCAGUGCCAGUGAAUACAUGUCUCUAACCAAUUGUGACAAACCGGCGGCCUUUGCUUUCAUACGACAGGUGCUCACCGUCUUAUUGCAGCACAAACUCGACCCAAACGUCGACUUUUCUCAGAGGAAUCAACACAUCUUAUUGGCGCUCUUGGAUUUGGUCCAAAACGCCAGAAUGCCUUCCGAUUUGGAUUAUGUCCACGACUUAUCUCAAACACUCAUGAAAUUUGGGGCCAAUCCUGACGUCAAGUGCUCCACAGAGCCCACCAUUUGUCACUCACAGAGCUCUGUCUUUCUCAAGAGAUCUUCGGAUCAUGUGAUCUUCUAUUAUAUACAUUAUUUGCUCCGCAAAGAGGAACUCCUGAUCGACGACAAGUCCAAUGAACAGCACUUCUCGAAACUCAUUUGUCUUUACUAUCAGACGAUGUCUCACAACGAGCUCUACUCAUGUCUACAACAGCUCAACAAAGAACUACUCAUUGGUUCCAUUCGAUGCAAUUCGCAAGAGUUGACAUCACUCUUGAGGAAUCUUUCAUCUAAUCCGCGAUCGCUUAAGAGUAUCGCCAGGAAUACCAUAUAUCACGCGAUGGGACGAGAA